ACAUAACCUCACUUUUUCUGUUGAUUCGAUUUUCGGUCACAGUCAAUACGGGAUUCCUCUUCUUUUUUUUUUGAAUUGAUUCAUUAUUUUUAUAUUAAAAAUAGGAAUAAAAAAAUUACGAUAAAAAUGGCCGGAGCGCGUCUCGAAAAAGUUGGCACUAUUUUUGCGCGUAUGAAUUCACUUUUGAAAAAGAAUGUAUUGCAUCCAGAAGAUAAGCCAAUUUGGUUUGAGAUUUAUGCGCUGCACCCACCAUACACGGAGCCGCGAUACGAUCAAGAAGGUUCAGCCGAAGAAGUUCGAGAAAUUCUUUAUGAAGAAGACUUAAUUCGAUCAAAAUUGCACGAACGAGUGAAACAGUAUGACACAAUUAACUUUGCCGAUCAUAAAGCCGAGACUAAGACCCAGAAAUUCAUCAGUUUAUACACCAAUUUGAAGGCACAAGGUGCUUUAGACGAUGAAAAAAUAUUCGAGAUAGCGCUGGAACAAUUGAAAUCAUCGAGCAAACAGCGAGUCGAAGUGCUUGAAGAUGAAAUUCACGAGCCAGUUGAUUUUGGUUUAAUCAAGAGCUUCACUGAAGCCACCCGCGAGGCAAAGAAAGAUGCCGAAGAACCAAAAGAUAAAGCGCCCAAACGAAACGACAAUUCCGGUUCAAUUGACAUCAAAUCAUUGUUCUAGUUGUACAUACUUUCUCGUUAGAUAUUUGAAAUAAAUUAGUUGAAUUUGUGGAGGAAAA